CCUUCUUCAUAUGACCUUUACAAUAUUUUGACUCUCAAACAAAAACUCAAAAACUUCCUUUUUUAUCAAAUCCUCUUCUUCAUCCUCAUGAAAUUUCUAAUUCCAAUUCCAUUUCCAUGGAUUCUUUCCCUAUUUGUUCCUUCGUUCUCUUAAUUUUCCCCUGUUUUUUCCUCUCUGUUUCUUCUUUAUCUACUGUUUCCAUUUCUGAAACUGCAAAUCAGACUCUGGUUUGCAGUUUGAAUGCUCGAUUCUCUUUGAAUUGUUCCAGUUUUCCUUCUGGGAUUCAAAUUCCCUUCAAUCCCAAUGAUUCUUAUUCUGCGAUCGUUGCCGGAGAUGGGUUUUUUUGUGGAUUGAGAAAUUUUCCGACCACCUCCCAAUCCAUCGUCGUUUGUUGGAGAUUCUCUGUAAAUGGAACAAACAUGGUGACUAAAAGGGUUUACAAUGGCCCAAAUUUGAAGGAACUUCGAGCUGGAAAUUCCCACAUUUGUGGAGUUGUUAACGCUACCAAACAGCUUGAAUGUUGGCAAUGGCGGCAAUUUGAUCGGAAUUUCACUUUUGAUUUCUCGUCCAUCGCUGUCGGUAGCGAUUUCAUUUGUGGGCUCUCUAACGCCGGUGAGAUUCGUUGCAAUGGAAGUGUGAAUUCCACCGUUGCAGGCGGCGGAGGCGGUAGGUACAAGGCGGUCGCCGCCGGGUUCCGGCAUGUGUGUGGGAUUAAUUUGAGGAAUGAAUUGGAGUGUUGGAACAUGGUGGCCGGAGAUAUUCCGGCAGGGGAGUUUAAAACGUUGGCUUUGGGGGAUAAUCGGAGUUGUGCUCUCCGGUUGAAUGGGACGGCGGUUUGUUGGGGUGAAAAGAAUUUUACCUUACCGGAGAGGUUAACAGGGGAGUUUUUUACUGCGAUUGAAGCCAAGAAAAAUGUGUUCUGUGGAAUUUUGAGAAGAAAUUUCUCAUUACUCUGUUGGGGAAAUGAAAUUUUUGAUCAAAAUUUGUUCUCUGUUUUCGAUUCUGUUUCACCUGGUCCUUGUAGAUCCCAAUGCCCAUGUGGCCCAUUGCCUAACACACAACAAUAUUGUACUCAACCAGCCAUGAUUUGCAACCCUUGUAAAGACAGAGCUCUUCUUCCUCCGCCGCCGCCGCCGCCGCCGCCGUCCCCUGCCGCGCCGCCGCAGAUUUGUCAUCAUUCCUCCUGCCGACGGUGGAAUGGCAGAAUGGUGGCUUUACUUGUAGUGGGCUGUGUUGGGAGCUUGUCUUUAGUAUUAAGUUGUUCAUUUUUUGUGUACAAAUAUUGUAAAAACAGAGUUUCUCGUGUUCAUGAUUCUGGCCCAAUGGAGGAUCCUCUCGGAACCAGUGGCGGCGGAGAUGGCGGUGACCGCCGUGAGACGGUGGCGGGUAGGCCGGGAAAUGGGAAGAGGGUUUUGGAGAAGAGAUUGAGCCAUUUGAUUAGCUUGGGAAAUGGAGGACAAUUGGGGAAAUUGGAGGAUUUUCCUCUAUCAACUCUUGUUGAAGCUACAAAUAAUUUCUCUGAAGAACAUAAAAUUGGAAGUGGAAGCUUUGGAUCUGUUUAUAGAGCUGUGUUGAAUGAUGGUCGUGAAGUAGCCAUUAAAAGAGCUGAAUUUUCAGCCAUUUCUUCAUCAGCUUGGGGGACAAAGAGACAAGAAGACAAAGACAAUGCUUUCCUUAAUGAACUCGAAUCCUUGUCUCGCAUUAACCACAAGAACCUCGUACGUCUUCUUGGAUUCUUUGAUGACACUCAUGAAAGAGUGUUGGUGUAUGAAUUCAUGAGCAAUGGCACUCUCCAUAACCACCUCCACAACCUCCCAUCCUCCCCACUUGCCGCUUCUUGGGCUUGCCGCAUUGCUGUUGCGCUCGAUGCCGCUAGAGGGAUCCAGUACCUCCACGACUAUCUCUCGCCGCCAAUCAUCCACCGUGACAUCAAGUCCUCAAACAUCCUCCUCGAUGACAAAUGGACGGCUAAGGUUUCUGAUUUUGGACUCUCGCUGAUGGGCCCAGAUGACGGUGCGUCACAUCUAUCGUUACGUGCAGCAGGAACAGUAGGGUAUAUGGAUCCAGAAUAUUACCGAUUACAACAGUUGACGACGAAGAGUGAUGUGUAUAGUUUUGGAGUGGUCUUGUUAGAAUUGUUAUCGGGAUGUAAAGCAAUACAUAAGAAUGAGAAUGGAGUGCCUAGGAAUGUGGUGGAUGUGAUGGUGCCUUACAUUGUGAGAGAUGAGAUUCAUAGGGUACUGGAUAGGAAAGUGCCACCACCAACGCCAUUUGAGAUAGAGGCAGUGAAAUAUGUGGGAUAUUUGGCGGCUGAUUGUGUCAUUACAGAAGGAAGACAUAGACCUUCAAUGACGGAUAUUGUAAAUUGUUUGGAGAGGGCUUUGGCUGCUUGUUUGGCUCCUACAACUCUCUCUAGAUCUUCAACUGAGUCAUCAAUGUAAAGCAUUUCUUCAAAUGAAAUUAAAUUCAUUCAACA